AGGUUAUUUCCAUUCAUACAGGAACCCCGACACGAUGACAUCUACAGUGUUUGUCUGCUUCUUGAUGCCUUUGUUCAUGGCAGGAAUGGCUCAGCUGACUUCUCAGAAAUCCUCCUUCUCUCUUCAUCAAAAGAGACGUUUUGUCUCGGCUAGAGUUGGAGACAUGGUGACACUGCAGUGUUUCUAUGACGGUGAUGAUUCAGCUUGGCUUUACUGGUACAAACAAAGUCUAGGUCAGAAACCAAGGCUCAUCUCUACGUUCUACAUCUAUGAUACAAGAAUCACUUUUAAGGAUGAAUUUGACGACAGUUCACGCUUCAGACUCAGCACAGCAAACAAGACCAAUCACCUGACUAUUUUAAAUAUCCAGUUUUCAGAUUCAGCUACUUAUUACUGCGCAAGGAGCUACUCAUUUAUCUUAAACUUCACUGAGGGCACUGUGCUCAGUGUAAAAGGCUCAGGUUUAAGCGUCAAACCCUCCGUCUAUCAGUCAGAAUCUGAGACCACCCAGAAUGGGGGAUCAGUGACUCUGAACUGUACGGUCCACACUGGGAGCUGUGGCGAAGAACACAGUGUUUACUGGUUCAAAACCUCUGAGGAAGCUCAGCAGGAAAUCAUUUACACCCAUGGAGGCAGGAAUGAUCACUGUGUGAGGACACACAACAGAGAAACAAACACCUGUGUCUACAACCUGCCAAUGAAGAACGUGGAUCCUUCUCAGACUGGGACCUACUACUGCGCCGUGGCUUCAUGUGGACUCAUUCUGUUUGGAAACGGGACCAAGCUGGACCAUAAAAAUAAGGGGGACUCUCUAGUCUUGGUGUACGUCCUGACUGGAGCUCAGAUAUUCGCCACUAUCCUGGUCUUUUCUCUCGCUUUCUUUAUUUACAAGGAGAACAAAAGGAACAGCUGUGCAGAGACCUGA